AUGACCGAUAGACUCACGCAACUUCAGAUAUGUCUUGAUCAAAUGGUGGAACAGCUCUGUGCAACCUUGAACUACAUUGAUAAGAACCAUGAUUUCGAACCAUCUUCUAUCAAUGAAGAACGAAUGACGGACCCUCAAGCGACAAUAGCGCCUUCUGAAGAGUUCUCCAACGUCAUCGAUGAGCUUUCCACCGAUCUGAUAUUGAAAACUAGGCAAAUAACUAAAUUGAUAGAUUCUUUACCUGGUGUCGACGUCUCGGCGGAAGAACAAAUGCAUAGAAUAGACAGUCUACAAAGUCAACUUCUAAAAGUCGAAAACGAGAAGAUUGAAGCCGUACAGGAGAAGGAGAAACUUAUGGGGGCAGUCAACUCGAUGAUUUCGGAGUUUACGGUGGGCAUUGCUAAUUCUCGCAAGCCGGCUGGCGAUUUGCCCUCUUCGGCAAAGGAAGGGUAA